ACUUGAUUUCCCCUGAAAGAAGGGUGGAGAGGAUGGGUAACGCCAUAGGCGGGAAGAAGAGAAGAACAGCGAAGGUGAUGAAGCUGGAUGGCACCACCAUCCGGCUCAAACUCCCGGCUCAGGCCGGAGACGUGCUCCGGGAUCACCUGGAGCACACCCUCCUUGAGGCCGAGGAGGUAAAGCGGCUGGGCGUCCGGGCCCAGCCGCUUGAACCGGACCAGGCCAUCAAGCCGGGAAAGCUCUACUUCCUGGUAGAGAUUCCCCGGCUUCCCCGGCUCCAGGACCGGCGGGUCCCCAGGAGAGCCUGGUCCGGGGCCAUCCACAUGAGUGCCAAGGACCGGUUGGAGAGCCUCAUGCUCUCACGCCGGUCCGCUUCGGAUCUCACCCUCGCCAAGCCCUCCUCGGUGGAGACCGUGGGAGAGGGAGGUGUCCGGAUCCGGAUGAGGCUUCCCAAGGCCCAGGUGGCCAAGCUUGUCGAGGAGAGCAGUGAUAGCUGCGAGGCAGCCGAGAGAAUCAUGGCGCUUUGUGUAGCGAAUGGGGCAGAGACGAGCGGUGGGAGUACCGUGGAGCGGUCCAAGGAGAAACGAACAAGAUUUGUGUCGAAGGUUGAUGAGAUAAGAGGAUAAAGCUGCUACAGGAACGUAGAAGAGGCAGCCUAAUGACGCAAUUCAAUCAUUUACGUAGGAUGUAGGUUGGGAAGGAGAAGCUGCCAAGGGCUUCCUACCACCCGCAGUUGUUGCUUAUUUUUGUUGCUAGUCAUGUGCUACACACUGAGGAUUUUUAAUGCUUAAAUGGCAAGGUGUAAACCAUGUGAUGAGUGACCUAAACCGGAUGUCAAAGUCUUUCUUUUUUCCCUUUUUCUGUAUAUAGUUUUGUAACCAGUCUUAUAAAAACAUUGCAACCAUGAUGCCACCAUCUUCUUC